CUCCCACUCCCCCUGCUUGUGUUCCCUCUUUCGCUGUGUCUCUCUCUGUCAAAUAAAUAAAUGAAAUCUUUAAAAAAAAUAAAAAUGCUUUUAAUUGGAGUCUCAGAAGGAGAGGAGAAAGAGUAGAGGCAAUAUUUAAAGAGGUAAUGGCUGGGAAUCUUCCAAAACUGAUGAAAGCUGUCAAGCCACAGAUUUAAGAGUCACUGUGGACCUGAAUGCCUGGGUGGCUCAGUCGGUUAAGUGUCUGCCUUCAUCUCAGGUCAUGAUCUCAGGGUCUGUGGGGAGUCUGCUUCUCUUCUGCCCCUCCCCCUGCUUGUGCUCUCUCUCUUGCUCUCAACCCCCAAUAAAAGUAAAAUCUUUGGGAUGCCUGGGUGGCUCAGUUGGUUAGGCGUCUGCCUUUGGCUCAGGUCAUGAUCCCAGGGUCCUCGGAUCGAGUCCCGCAUCAGACUCCUUGCUUAGCAGGGAGCCUUCUCACUCUCCCUCUGCCUGCCGCUCCCCCUACUUGUGCUCUCUCUCUGACAAAUAAAUAAAAUCUUUAUUAAAAAAAUCUUUAAGAAAAAAAAAAAAAGAGUCACUGUGGACCUAAGCAGAAUAAAAAUAAAAGGGACACGUGGGUGGCUCAGUCAGUUAAGCAUUGGCUCUUUAUUUUGGCUCAGGUCAUGAUCUCAGGGUCAUGGGACUGAGCCUCACAUUGGGGCUCUGCACUCAGCGAGGAGUCUGGUUGCCCCUCCCUGCACUUUUUCUCUCUCUCUCCCUCUCUCAAAUAAAUAAGCAAAAUCUUAAAAAAAAUAAAAAUAAAACCAAAAGAAGGGGGUGAGGGAGGAAGAAAGAAAAGAAGGAAAAAAGGAAAGAAAAAGGGAAAAUUGCUAAAACCCAAGGAAAGUCUUAAAUUAACCAAAGGAAGAAACAGACAUCACCUUCAAAGGAGCAACUAACUUGACGUUGCAGAGGAAAUAGAAAUCUGAAGACAGUGGAACCAAAUCUUCAAAAUGUUGCAAGAAAAUAAUUGCCAACCUAGAAAUUUAUAUCAAGCAAAAAUGAAGGUAGAAAAUAGACAUUUUCGGACAGGCAAAAACUUGUGAGAAUUCAUCACCAACAGAUUCACACUAAAGAAACUAUAAAGAGAGUUCUCAAGGUAGUUGGAAAAUUAUCCCAGAUAGAAGCAUGGAGAUGCAGGAAAGAAUGAAGAACAGUGGAAAGAGUAAAUGGUAAUAAAUCUGAAGUUAUAUUAACUAUAAAACAGUAAAAAUAAUAAAUGACAACAGUAGCACAAAAAGCAGGAAGAGGCUAAUUAUAGUUUAAAUAUCCUAGGGUCCUUGUAAAUUUAUAUUUAAAAAGGACUAGUGGGGGCACCUGGGUGGCACAGUUGAUUAAGCAUCUGACUCAUGGUUUUGGCUCAGGUUGUGAUCUCAGGGUCAUGAGAUUGAGCCCCACAUUGGGCUCUGUGCUCAGCGCAGAGUCUGCUUGAGAUUCUCUCUCCCUCUUUCUGCCCCUCCUGCUCGUUCAUGCUCUUUCCCUCUUUCAAAUAAAUAAAUCUUAAAAAAAAAAAAAAAGACUAAUGAGUCCAAGAUAUAAGAUAUAAUGCCUAAAGCAGCCCUUCUCUACUGUGUUUAGUGAGAGAAUCAUGUCCUAAUGCCCAACAACAGGAAUUGACAAACAUCUGCCUGUGGCCAGAUCCAGCCUCCUGCCUGUUUUAAUAAAUAAUGUUUUAUUGGAACACAGCCAUUCCCAUUAGUUUAUGUAUUGUCUGUAGCUCCUUUCAUGCUAUAGCACCUGAGUUGAGUAGCUACAGUGGAGACCGUGUAGCCCACAAAGCUCAGGCUCAAAAUAUUUACUAUCUAGCCCUUGAUAGAAAAAGUUUGCUAACUUCUGUGCUAAAGAAUCGUUUGUAACUAAUGAAUUAACUUCUUUGCAUUUAGAAUGGUACCAGCUGUGUAUCAUCCUUGGAAAAAUUGACAGAAGAGCCACUCAGAUUAUUUUCUGUAAGACAGUUCUCUCAUGAAACUUAAGGGAGAAAGAACAAGAAACACAAAAAGAGGAACGUUUGAUGGAAGAAAAGAAAAAGAAAAAGCAGGAAGAAAAGAAAAAGAAGGAAGGUGCUCAGAAAAAGGCUGCUGAUCAAAAAACCAAAGUGCCAGAACCUACUAAGACCUGUUCAAGCCAGCCCCAGCCUGCCGGUAACAGUACCAGCACUUGCACCAGCACUCUGUCCAGCGGCAGCAAUGGCAAGCGUGCAUCUGCCAGCAGCCAGCAGCCAGCUGCGUCCCGUUACCUGCCUCGCGAGGUGCCUCCACGCUUCCGCCAGCAAGAACAGAAGCAGCUGUUAAAGAGAGGCCAGCCAUUGCCUGCAGGGGCUCUGGCCAGUGUGAGCCCGACCCAGGGUGCUGGGCCCGCAGGGGUAAGCCCUCCUCCCCUCCCUGGAGCCGGCGCACAGCAGCAUCCCAGUAAGCUCCAACCAGAUCUCAGUCACGGUGGAUUGGCAGAUCACUAUGAAAGUUCCCACUGGGGCCAGCAGCCCACGUACAGAGGUGAAGCCAGCAGCAGCUGGGAUAAAGUGAUAAUAGACAGGACUGACAAGGAGGCGUGGCCUUCCAUCACAGGAGCAGAGACUGAAUCUGCCUCAGAAUGUACCACAGACACUGACUCUGCCUCCAACUGUGGCUCAGAGAACAGUAGCAUGGCUACGGGGAGUGCCCAGGGCACCUUCACUGGACAUACCAAGAAGACAAAUGGCAAUAAUGGCACCAAUGGUGCGCUCGUCCAAAGCCCUUCUAAUCAGAGUGCCCUUGGAGCAGGGGGCGCCAGCGGUAAUGGAAAUGGAGCCAGAGUGUGGGCCGUAGCCACAGGCUCCAGCUCCGGCCCAGCUCACUGCUCUCUCAGCGGUGGGGAUGGAAAAAUGGACAACAUGAUCGGAGAUGGGAGAAGUCAGAAUUGCUGGGGGGCUUCCAACUCCAACGCUGGCAUUAAUCUUAACCUUAAUCCUAAUGCCAACCCAGCUGCCUGGCCUGUACUUGGACAUGAAGGAACUGUGGCGACAGGCAACCCUUCCAGUAUUUGCAGUCCGGUCAGUGCCAUAGGUCAAAAUACGGGCAACCAGAACGGGAACCCAACAGGCACUUUAGGUGCUUGGGGAAACUUGCUGCCGCAAGAGAGCACAGAACCACAAACGUCCACUUCUCAGAAUGUGUCUUUCAGCGUACAACCUCAGAACCUUAACACUGAUGGACCAAAUAACACUAACCCCAUGAACUCUUCACCAAACCCUGUCAAUGCAAUGCAGACAAACGGACUGCCAAACUGGGGCAUGGCUGUCGGUAUGGGGGCCAUCAUCCCGCCCCACCUGCAGGGCCUUCCUGGUGCUAACGGAUCAGCAGUUUCUCAAGUCAGUGGGAGCGGCGGUGAAGGAAUCAGCAGUUCUGUGUGGGGACUGUCCCCAGGUAACCCUGCCACAGGAAGUAGCAAUUCUGGGUUCAGUCAGGGGAAUGGAGACACUGUGAACUCAGCGUUGAGUGCUAAGCAGAAUGGAUCCAGCAGUGCUGUGCAGAAGGAAGGAAGUGGAGGAAGCGCCUGGGACUCCGGCCCCCCUGCUGGUCCUGGACUCCUCGCCUGGGGACGGGGCAGUGGCAACAACAGCAGCGUCAGUCAUAUCCAUUCGGGAGCUUGGGGCCACCCCAGCAGGAGCACCUCUAACGGUGUGAAUGGGGAAUGGGGCAAGCCCCCAAACCAGCAUUCCAACAGUGACAUCAGUGGGAAAGGAUCAACAGGGUGGGACAGUCCGAGUGUUAGCAGCCAGAAUCCUGCCAUGCAGCCUGGCAGUGAACACAUGAACUCUUGGGCCAAAGCUGCGUCUUCUGGAACGACAGCAAGUGAAGGAAGUAGCGACGGUUCUGGCAGUCACAAUGAAGGAAGCUCCGGGAGGGAAGGAGCAGAAGGCCGAAGGCGAGAUAAAGGGAUGAUAGACCAAGGGCACAUCCAAUUGCCAAGGAACGAUCUUGACCCAAGAGUUCUGUCUAAUACUGGCUGGGGACAGACUCCAGUAAAGCAAAACACUGCCUGGGAAUUUGAAGAGUCCCCUAGGUCUGAGAGAAAAAAUGACAAUGGGACAGAGGCCUGGGGCUCUGCCGCUACUCAGCCUUCAAACUCAGGGGGGAAGAGUGAUGGGUCCAUCGUGAACAGUACAAAUACCUCUUCAGUGUCCGGGUGGGCCAGUGCACCGCCGGCUGCUGGGCCAGCAAACACAGGCUGGGGAGACAGCAGCAACAAAGCGCCAAAUGGCCCAGGGGUUUGGGGGGACUCGAUAAGCUCUACUGCUGUUAAUAAUGCUGCUGCCACCGCCAAGAGUGGCCAUGCUUGGAGUGGGACCGUAAAUCAGGAGGACAAGUCGCCCACCUGGGGGGAGCCUCCGAAACCCAAAUCUCAAAACUGGGGAGACGGACAAAAAUCUAAUCCAGCCUGGAAUGCAGGAGGGGGAGAUUGGGCAGAUUCGUCUUCUGUCCUCGGACACUUGGGGGAUGGGAAAAAAAAUGGCUCUGGAUGGGAUGCUGACAGUAAUCGGUCAGGGUCUGGUUGGAAUGAUCCUACCAGGUCUGGGACCAGUGGCUGGGGUAAUGGCACAAAUUCAAAGGUGAAUCCAGGGACAAACUGGGGAGAGUCUUUAAAACCUGGCCCCCAACAGAACUGGGCGGGCAAACCCCAAGACAGCAAUGUGAGUAACUGGGGAGGAGCCGCUUCCGUUAAACAGACAGGAACUGGGUGGAUCGGGGGGCCAGUCCCUGUCAAACAAAAGGACAGCAGUGAGGCCACGGGCUGGGAGGAACCUUCUCCACCAUCCAUUCGACGCAAAAUGGAAAUUGAUGAUGGUACCUCAGCUUGGGGUGACCCGAGCAACUACAACAAUAAAACUGUAAACAUGUGGGAUAGAAACAACCCGGGCAUGCAGAGCAGUACCACGGCCGCCGCCGCCACCCCCACCACCACGAGCAGCAGCUCGGACGUGGUCGAGACGCCACCGCCGCACCAGGCCGGCGCCCAGCUGAGUCGGUCGCCGCUGCUCGGUCCAGUCUCAGCGGGCUGGGGAGAGAUGCCUAAUGUCCACUCAAAGGCUGAGAGCUCUUGGGGAGAGCCGUCCUCCCCCUCCGCCCUGGUUGACAACGGCACCGCAGCAUGGGGCAAGCCACCCAGCAGCGGCAGCGGAUGGGGGGACCAGCCCGCGGAGCCACCGGUGACGUUCGGGAGAGCCAGCGCCCCCGCCCCCACCCCAGCCCUGUGCAAACCAGCUUCAAAAUCUAUGCAAGAAGGCUGGGGCAGUGGUGGGGACGACAUGAACCUUGGCACCAGUCAGUGGGAAGAUGAAGAAGGGGGCAUGUGGAAUAAUGCUGCUUCCCAAGAAAGCACCUCCUCCUGCAGUUCCUGGGGGAACGCCCCCAAAAAAGGACUCCCAAAGGGCAUGAAAACAUCUGGCAAGCAGGACGAGGCCUGGAUCAUGAGCCGGCUGAUGAAACAACUCACAGACAUGGGCUUCCCGAGAGAGCCAGCUGAAGAGGCCUUGAAGAGUAACAAUAUGAAUCUUGACCAGGCCAUGAGCGCCCUGCUGGAAAAGAAGGUGGACGUGGACAAGCGUGGACUGGGAGUGACCGACUACAAUGGAGUGGUCACCAAAGCCCUUGGCUGCCGCCCACCAGUCUCCAAAGACUCUUCCGGGGACCGCCCCACCUUUCUCGACAAGCUCACCCUUUCUUUCUCCAAUCAGGACGGCGGCCUAGUGGAAGAGCCCACGACUUCACCGUUUUUGCCUUCACCAAGCCUGAAGCUCCCCCUUUCAAACAGUGCACUCCCUAAUCAGGCCCUGGGUGGGAUUGCCUCAGGGCUGGGCAUGCAAAACUUGAAUUCUUCUAGACAGAUGCCGAGUGGCAGCCUGGGUAUGUUCGGCAGCAGCGGAGCAGCGCAAGCCAGGACAAUGCAGCCGCCGCCGCAGCCCCCCGUGCAGCCUCUGAGCUCCUCCCAGCCCAGCCUCCGUGCUCAAGUGCCUCCGUUUCUAUCCCCUCAGGUGGGACCCGCGGCGACUCGGAUGGGCGUUGUGUGUGUCUGUGCCGCUCGACGUCACUGUUUGAAAGUUCAAGCACAGCUUUUGCAGUUUGCAGCAAAAAACAUUGGUCUCAACCCUGCACUAUUGACCUCGCCAAUCAAUCCUCAGCAUAUGACGAUGUUGAACCAGCUCUAUCAGCUGCAGCUGGCAUACCAACGUUUACAAAUCCAGCAGCAGAUGCUACAGGCUCAGCGUAAUGUUUCCGGACCCAUGAGACAACAGGAGCAGCAAGUUGCGCGCACAAUCACUAACCUGCAGCAGCAGAUCCAGCAGCACCAGCGCCAGCUGGCCCAGGCCCUGCUCGUGAAGCCGCCGCCACCCCCGCCGCACCUGUCUCUGCACCCCUCUGCAGGCAAAUCGGCCAUGGACAGCUUCCCCCCCCACCCCCAGGCCCCCGGCCUGCCCGACCUGCAGACCAAAGAGCCACAGUCUUCACCCAGCACCUUUGCUCCUUACCCUCUAGCCGGACUGAACCCAAACAUGAAUGUCAACAGCAUGGACAUGACUGGUGGUUUGUCGGUGAAGGACCCGUCUCAGUCCCAGUCACGCCUCCCUCAGUGGACACACCCCAACCCGAUGGACAACUUACCCGGUGCUGCUGCUCCCCUCGAUCAGAACCCCAGCAAGCAUGGUGCUAUCCCUGGAGGUCUAAGCGUUGGGCCUCCAGCUAAGUCCUCCAUCGACGACUCCUACGGCCGGUACGAUUUAAUCCAGAACAGUGAGUCACCAGCCAGUCCUCCUGUAGCGGUUCCCCAUAGCUGGUCACGUGCCAAGUCUGACAGUGAUAAAAUCUCCAAUGGCUCCAGCAUCAACUGGCCCCCAGAAUUCCAUCCUGGAGUUCCAUGGAAAGGACUUCAGAAUAUAGACCCUGAGAACGACCCUGACGUCACUCCUGGAAGUGUCCCCACCGGGCCCACCAUCAAUACCACCAUACAGGACGUCAACCGCUACCUCCUCAAGAGUGGAGGGUCCUCCCCCCCGACAUCUCAGAGUGCCGCGCUGCCUUCCUCGAGUGCCUGGCCGCUCAGUGCCUCUGGCUACGCUCGCUCCUUCAGCAGCAUCGCGCCCGCGCCCAGCAUUGCAGGUAAACUGUCAGACAUUAAAUCGACGUGGUCCUCUGGCCCUGCCUCCCACACGCAAGCCUCUCUGUCUCACGAACUGUGGAAGGUGCCCAGAAACACUACUGCACCCACAAGACCACCUCCAGGGUUAACCAAUCCCAAGCCUUCCUCCACCUGGGGAGCCAGCCCCCUCGGCUGGACCAGCUCUUACUCCUCAGGUUCCGCGUGGAGCACCGACACCUCAGGACGGACAAGCAGCUGGCUCGUUCUCCGCAACCUCACGCCCCAGAUCGACGGCUCUACCCUGCGGACGCUGUGUUUGCAGCAUGGGCCUCUCGUCACAUUCCACCUGAACCUGACUCAAGGCAACGCCGUGGUCCGCUACAGCUCCAAGGAGGAAGCCGCCAAGGCCCAGAAGUCCCUGCACAUGUGUGUUCUGGGAAACACUACCAUCUUGGCCGAGUUUGCCGGCGAAGAAGAGGUGAACCGUUUCUUAGCCCAAGGCCAAGCACUGCCGCCCACCUCUGGCUGGCAGUCCGGCACCGGGACGGGCCAGACACGUUUGGGCGCCUCGGGCAGCUCCCACGGCCUGGUGCGGAGCGACACUGGCCACUGGAGCGCCCCGUGUCUGGCCGGCAAAGGGAGCAGUGACCUGCUGUGGGGCGGGGUCCCCCAGUACUCGAGCAGCCUGUGGGGCCCACCUAGCAGUGAUGAUGGCAGGGUGAUCGGAAGCCCCACCCCACUGAACACUCUGCUUCCCGGCGACCUUCUCAGUGGGGAAUCCAUCUAGGACCGAGAGGACCCCGUGGGCGCCACAGUCAUCAGCACUAGGAAGAAAAGGCUGACCCUUUCCAGUCCGGGCAGCGCUGAGGACCCCGCUUGACCUGAGCAGCCCGGCAGCCCUUUGAGUACCUCUGUCCAGUACUGAAGACGAACCCUGGCCGCAGUCCUUGUGAACUGUUCACGAGACAGUGCGGGCUGCGCUUGGUCAGUGUCACAUGCUAAUGACAGGAUGUUCCUCAUAGCUUUUUAUUUUGUGUUGUCUUAUGUUUGUAUGGUGUGUUGUCGUUUUGAUUUUUUAAGUAUAAAAGCUGCUUAGAAUAGUUCUAUCAUGAAGGGCACUUUUCAGAUUGUGGGCUGGAAAGGGUUAUUUUAUCAAGGGGGGCGGGAGGGAGGGAGACGAGAAAGCCUAUUUAAAACGAGCCUGUGAUGAUUAUGCACAUUACCAGAGGCGGACCCCGUAAUCAGGGGGAGCUGGUGUCCAUCACUGGGCGCAGAGUGCGGGCUCCACGCGGCGGGCCUGGCGGCCAGGACCGGCGAGCUGCGCAGAGGCAGCGACCUGCGGCCUGCUCUCUGCUCCCACGGGUCCGCCUAUGCACAUUACCCUUGUUUCAUUACUUUUUCAUGCCAUUUUUUUAUCCCAAAAAAUAUUUUUUAAAAGUUAAAAAAAAAAAAAAAGACAUAUCAAACAUGCAAAUACUUGAAUCCAGCAGGCCAAUAAGGAAAUGUGAACACUUGCCGCGUCGAAUUCUACACUUCCAGGCUGACAUCAGUGCGCAGAAACAGGCUCUAGGAAACAUUUCUGAGUUCACAGCCUAUGUGUGUGUGUGUGUGUGUGUGUGUGUGUGUGUGUGUGGAAACAGAAGCGUGUGUGCGCGCACUUUCUGUGUUUGUGUGUUCCGUGUGUGAGGGAUUUAACUGUGGGUUUUCCCUUUUAUUCAGUAUAUGCUUUUUUUUUUGGCGCAUUGGUCAAAUGUUUGUUACUAUUAUUAGCUUCUAACUUUGCACUGAGUGUCCCUGCCCUUCCUUUUGCUAAUCCUAUACAUGAAAGAGAAUUCAUGGGACAGGGCCGGUGACAAUUCAUGUGUAAAUGUUUACUCAAGGACUCUGUUAUUGCGUUUAAAAAUUACAGUGUAUAUCUCUGGAGAAAUAAUAUGUAUACCUACCUUUAGCAGCUUUUUAUUGUGGACUAAUGCAAGAAAAUAUUACCAGAGUAUUGCACCGUGUUUCCAUGUGGAAUAGAAAGUGAGAGAGAAGACAACUGUUGCAGAACUGUGGCCAUAGAUCCUCGCGGAGAGCGGACGGCUCCGCGGGAGGAACAGAGACAAGCACUUGGACGUGGGUGGUGACCGCUUUCGGAGGGGCCCGUGCUCAGGGCUCCCACCUGUUUACAGACCUUUUUUUCUCCUUCAGACUUUAAAAUAAAAAAAAAUUUUAAAAAGGAAUUAAAAAAAAAAGAAAAAAAAAGAGACUUCCGUGGUAAAGAAACCUAUUUUCAGAAUGCAGAUACGCUACUUCAGAGCUCUGGGAUUGAACAGUGUCGUCGCUUCCCUCCAGCCAUCGUUGUGGACUGUCGAUUGUCCCCCUUCGUCGAGGUGACGAGACGUUGUGGUCACUGUCUUGCACAUGCGGAUGCGCUCUCAGGAAAGCCAGGGUUCCCGAGGGGCAGCUCCACACCAUUUCAUGUAUUUUGUAACCCAACUCCUAGCACUGAAGAUGUUAUUAAAAAACAAACAAAAAAAAUAAAGAAAAAAAAGAAAAAAGGAAAAAAAACACAAAGAAGAAAAAUACCUAAUCUCUAAUGUGUAGCAGUUACAUAUUUACCAAAUAACGGACUCAAAAGAAAUAGAUGUUUGAAGAGUGCUUUAUAUAUUAAAAAUUGCUUUAUGUUUUAAAAAUGAUCAAUGUUUUGAUUGUUUUGCAAGAAAGACAGACAAUGGAGUAACAUACCCUCAAGUAUGUUUAAAAAUAUAUGAACAUUGUGCUCCCUGCCUGCUUGAUCAGGAAACUUGUGCAUUACAUUUUUUUUAAUUAGCUUUUUAAUGGUUUUAUCAAAACAAAACAAAAAAAGAACAAAAAACAAACAAACAAAAAAAACACAAAAAAAGAAGGUCCUGCAAAAUUGCAGUUCAACAAAAGCUGGUUUUAUAGAGGAUCAUGAACUAUGCACAAACUGGGUUCAAGACUUGUUUUCUCAAGUUGAGUCGUGUAUUUAGCUAAACAAACCUUCCUCAGAGUAAUAGCAUCUCAUUGCCAUUACAUGCGUUCUAUAUAUUUGAUGUAUAUAUGCUCACGUAUGUAUAUCAAAUAUAUGUGCGUGCGUGCGCGCGCACCAGACAGCUUCCCAUGCUGCCGCUUAGCAUCGAGUUGUAGAAAAACUGGUAUUUUAAAAUUGGGGAUGGAAGUAAAGACUCUGUUUGUUUUUGUUUUUUGUUGAUUUUUUUUUGACCUUUUCUUUUGAAUUAAAGAUGUCUGUAACUCUGAGAUUAAAAAACAAGUUUGUGGCUUUUAAUGUUUUUUCCUCAUAGAAUGUGAUCGUUGAAGAACAUGCACCGAAAGUUGCUUUCAGAAGUACAACGCUUUGUUGAAUCUUAAUAAAUUGCAAUUUUUUUCUUGGCUGUUCAAAUAAAUGUGUUUUUUAUUUUUCACAGA